UAUAAAACCUCGCAAUCUAGGGUUGAAGAAACAUUUACUUUGCUGCUAAAAUCGCCGAAGUCCUCAGUGUGACAAAUCUGCAAUCUUCUUCAAGCAGCCAUGAUUAUUUCAGAGAAAAACCGUAGAGAGAUCUCCAAGUACCUCUUCCAAGAGGGAGUGUGCUAUGCGAAGAAGGAUUACAACUUGGCCAAGCAUCCAUUGAUCGAUGUGCCAAACCUACAAGUGAUUAAGCUGAUGCAGAGCUUUAAAUCUAAGGAGUAUGUUAGGGAGACAUUUGCUUGGAUGCAUUACUACUGGUACCUUACAAAUGAUGGAAUUGAGUUCCUCAGGACUUACCUUAACCUUCCUUCUGAGAUUGUACCUGCUACUUUGAAGAAGUCCGCUAAGCCUCUUGGUCGUCCUAUGGGUGGACCUCCAGGCGAUCGUCCCCGUGGCCCACCAAGGUUUGAUGGUGAAAGGCCAAGGUUUGGCGACAGGGAUGGUUACCGUGCUGGACCUAGAGGUCCACCUGGUGAGUUUGGAGGUGAGAAAGGUGGAGCUCCAGCUGACUACCAGCCUGCUUUCAGGGGUUCUGGUGGAAGACCUGGAUUUGGCCGUGGAUCUGGUGGUUUUGGCGGUGCACCCCCAAGCUCAAGUUUCUCUUAGAUUCCUGCCAUCUUAGACUAGGUGGUUGUUUCAAUUUUGAAAUCAGAUGUUGACAUCACUUGGUUUUUCGGUUUCUUGUUAAACUUAAUAGUACAAUCAGGGCAAUUUUAUCUUUGUUGAUCUUUAGAGAACCAUAAGUUUUGCGUCUGUUACUUGUUUGUUUUAUGUUUUUAAUCCAUUGAGAUAUACUUGCAAUUCAUGUUAUUCCAAGUGACAGUCUCUCCAAUGAUAGCUUGGUAAAACAGUAUUCUCUAA